UAUAGUAACAUAAAUACAAAUUAGAAAAUGCCUUUUAUUAAUUCAUAUAGUUCUAUAAAAUUGUUUUAAAUUAUACAAUAAUUAAGUUGUUUAUAAAAUAAGCAAAAUAAUCUAAAAAAAUGAGUUGCAAAAUCGAUAUAGUAGACAGUAAUGCUAUAUUUUCCUUUUCCUUUUCUUUCACAUAUGUGCGAAAUAUUUACACGUUAAUGUAUUAUAUACACGGAGAAAAAAAGUAAAUAAUUCACAACAAAAUGUGUUCAACAAAUCAAUUCAACAAAUAUUGUAUUGAGUAUAUCUGUAGUUGGCAGCCCACAUUAUAUUAUAUCAAUUACUUUUUUCUGUGUAAGAAUUCAUAAAAGCCUUUCACUUUUCUCUCUCUCUCUUUCCCUCAAUAUACAAAACGUUUUUUACUAAUUUAUACAAAUACUUUAUACUACUCCUCAAGACGCAAUUUGUAGCGCCAAUAUAUAAAGAUCAAGUUAAAUUUAAUUAACUAAUUCAAUAAAUAAAUCUCUUUAUUAUUUUAUUUAUAAUAUAUCUUAUCGAUAGGUGUGCUAUUUAUGCUGUAUCUUGAUUUUAUGUUUAAAAUCGCAUUAUGAGAAAAAUAAAAAAAAGUAAUAUAAAUUGAAACGAUUUUAAAACACAUAAAUGUGUACAAUAAAAAAUUUAAAAUAAUAUUAUUAAUGAUAUACUUAUUAUCGUUUAAAGAAAAUGCAAAAAAAUCUUGUAAAUUUUAUUCUUGUUUUUUUAAGAAUUUGUUUUUAAAUUUAUAUAGAAAAAGCCAUGAAUAUAAACUUUGAAUGGUUUUCUUACUUAAUUAUCUACUAAACAGAUAUUUUUCUUUAUUGCGCUAUUUUUUUAUUUCAAGAAUAUCUUUGACUUGAAAAUACUUAAAAUCAUUUAAAAGCAACACACACUCUUAUUAGUAUUGUUAUCCUCCAGUUAGAUCAGGCUCUAUUGUACUCUAUACGUGCUGCAGUGUUAUUCUACAGCUAUUAUCACGCUGUAUCAUUAUAACUCAUGUCAUUUGGAUAACAUUGAAUAAAUAAUAUCUCGGAAAUGGACAAAUUGAUAGUUCGACACUAUCUUACACACACGAACACAUACAUUGGUAAAAUAAUCGACUGACAUAGACGAUUCCUGGUAACCAAUUAUUUUUUGCUCCGUACAUCUGUACUUGCCAAAGAAUCGAUAUCAUGUGUCGCACGUUAUGGUCUUCCGAGGGAGAACUAACGAGUAAAAAUGCUAUCGAAUUUUCUGAGAGAAUACAACAUUAACCGGAUAUUGUUGUCGAUCAUAGGUUUAUGGCCAUUUCAAAGUAAUCUUGUGAGAAAUUUGUUGCGGACUGUUUUCUUUCUACUCCAAAUAAGUUUUUGUCCGUUCGAGAUAUUAAUGUUAUACGAUCAUUGGGACAAUGCGGAAAUGAUUUUUGAAGGUUGUUAUCAACUUGUCGUCUCAACUUCUUUCAUUGCGAGGCAAGUGAACGAGUUUUGGAACCAUGACAAGUACAGACACUUAUAUAAAGCUAUUGACGAGCAUUGGGAUAUAUUCACAAACGAUGUGGAAAUUCAAAUUUUGAAAGACUACUCUAAGUUAUCACAAAAAUUUACGAAAUAUUACUGCAUGUUAAUGUGUAUCAUGACGGUGAUAUUUAUAACAAUACCGUUAACCCCGCCGCUUUUAGAUAUUGUAAUGCCUCUAAACGAGUCACGUCCGCGAUUCUUCGCACUUGUAAUUGAUUUCAAGGUGGAUAAAGAUAAAUAUUUUCUACCACUUACUUGUUACAUUACCGCAGGAAUUAUGGCGGGUACAAAUAUCGUAAUGAGUACUGACACAAUGCAUAUCGCAUGCACUCUUCAUGCUUGCAGUUUAUUUGUUGCUGUCGGGUAA